AUUUCUCCAUAUUAUUUAUAUACAAAUAACUUCUUCAGGGAUUCAAAGCUGACAUCAGUGCUGAAGGAGUGCCUCAGCUCGAGGCUGGUGUGGACGUCAGUGGUGGCCAACAUCACCAACUUGGAGGCCAAUUACUUGGACACCCUCUCCGUUUGCCAAUUUGUCACACGUAUCCAUCGCUCGCGAUUCAUUCACAGCACCGGUAGACAUAAGAUGCGUAAACUAUCGCAACAUAACAACCCUUUCAGCCAACACUUCGCCGUGGCCACCGGACAGGGAACCAAAGAUAUAGUGAACGAAGUCUUUGCGAAAGUAAAAGAAAAGUCGAGAGAAAAACAGAUCAGAGAAUCGGUUCGUGAGAAGGAUUUU